UAGGAAAAAAUUGUUUCAAUAGCUGAAUUUCGUUGACGAUAAAACGCCUUUUAGUCAACCGCUGUGUUUCUAAACGGAUACAAAGUAGAUUUACCGUGAGAUAUAUUGAGAACCCGACGCUAUUUGUUUUAUUUUCUCCUUUUUUUUUUCAAAACCGGAAGUGGGAGAAAAACAAAAGUCCAUAUGUGAUUAGGAGGAUGGGGAUCACUAAACUGGCUGACUUAAUUCGUUCUAAUGCUCCAAAUGCAGUUUCUUAUAAGGAUAUCAGUGACUAUACAGGGAAAGUCAUCGCCUUGGAUACCUCAGUGGUUCUGAACCAGUUUCGAGCAGCAACGCCCUCUUUGAGCCCCCUGACUGGACUCUUUUUCCGCACACUGACCUUCCUGGAACACGACAUAAAGCCGGUCUUUGUAUUCGAUGGAAAGCCUCCCGUGGAAAAGACACCUGUUCUGGAGAGGCGAGCCGAGGCAGCUGGUUGGAGCUCCCCCAAAAGAACAGGAGAAGCAUCAGCCCAGACUAAGGAUUCCAUUGAGCUACUGAAAUGUAUGGGUGUGCCUGUCAUCCAGGCUCCAGGGGACGCUGAAGCGCAUUGUGCCCGGCUGGUGAGACAUGGGGUUGUGGAUGCAGUGGCCUCCGAGGACAUGGACACACUGCCCUUUGGAGCGAACGUUCUCAUUCGUCAGCUGAAUGCUAAGAAGAACAGUGAAGUUGUGGAAUACUCAUUACCCAGGCUGCUGGAAAAACUGCAGAUUACUCAUGAGGAGCUUGUUGACCUUUGCAUUCUGCUGGGCUGUGACUACUGCGACAAGAUCCCUGGUAUAGGUCCAAAGAAAGCUCUGACUCUCAUCCAGAAGCAUCGCACUAUUGAGAAUGUGGUGUUGCACAUCAACAGAGAGACCCAUCCUGUACCUCUUUUAUGGAAAUACAAAGAGGCCAGGAAGAUUUUCUUGGACGAAACAGAAACUCCAGUUCCUAACUUGAUGUGGAGGGAGCUGGACGAAGAAGCCGUGGUGGACUUCCUGUGUCACACCAAACAUGUCAGGGAGGAGAGGAUCCGUCAUCGCAUGAAGACAUUUCAUGAACAUCGAGAAAAUAGGCGAGAGGAGAGGAAAAAGGAGAAGGAGGCAAGGGACGGCAAGGGAUGUAUCAGGCAGAUGCGCAUGGACAACUUCUUCAGAGUUACCAGAAAGAGAGGACAGCCAGUAGAAUCACUUUCCUCAUUAGGUGACAACAAAAAGAAACCUAGAUCAUAAUAAGUCUGCCUUUAUUUUAUAGUUGUUCCUAAAUCGGAAUAACUAUAUAUGAAAAAAAAA